GGUCGUGGCUAUGGUUGUAGUGGCGAUCUUGACAGGGUUGCGGCUGAGAUAGCUAGCGUAGCGCAAGAUCAUGUCAAGCCACCGUAGAUCUAGGGCGGAGAAAGCAUCCGGAACAAUUAGUAUGACCUUCACGCGAGAGGGACAAGGAAUAUUCUUGUUGCCUUGCAGGCCAAGGUCGCACGAGACAUGGUGCAGAUAAACGCUGGCAGACGCCUCGAAAUGCAUCUCGAGCCUCAAGGAUGACGGAAGGCUUGGCGGCACUUUCGCUACCGAGUAGGAUUACGUUGAAUGGGAUGCAUAGGUAGCUAUCUAGAAUACUCAAGUCCCAUCAAUCUGUCCGUCUCAAUCACUCUUCUCACUCUCGGGGCCAUCAUCAACAGCGGCUCCACUCCAAUUGUCUCGCAAACGGAUCACAUCGGCGAACGCAGGCAGGCCUCAUCGCUACAAGCCAUACAAUUAUGGGCUGGUAUUCACUGCUUCCUACUCACCUCAGCGACAUUGAGGGAUGGAUCUCUAAUGUUAUUGGGUGUCGUCACAAUAGGACCAUGGGCUCUACUGCUUGUAUACGACUUCCUCUUCUACGUCUAUCGCUCCUGCGCCUAUCACAUUCCUCUCUUUGGCGGCAAAGCUCAAGGAAAGAGACGGCCACAUGCACCUAGUCUGACCGAAAGACCGAACGGCGAGAAAAGAGAUGCUCCGAAGGUUCCGAUACCUGCCGCGACGACUGGUAUACACCACCAUGAGAAUGGGUCCGAAAAGCGAGCAUUGGGACAAGCUUAAGAGAAUGGGAAGUCAGUCUGAGAACACAGUUCUGGAAGGCGGUGGCCGAGUCGAGCUCCUGCCAUGCCCAUGCUGCGAUACAGAGACGCAAGGAUGGACUCGAGCUUUGCAAUGACCUUGAUGGUUGCAA